ACAGACAGGAUUUUGUUUGCCUGUUGUUCAGGAAGGGAAAGGCAGCAUGUGCGGGCUUGCCCAGAUGAAAGAGCUCCUGACCAGUGGGCCCGGCGAAGCAUAGCUGGGGAGCUGCUUUUUUGUGCAGAUGGGUAGUUACCAGAUAGUGAGGAGGAGGAAUGUGGCUCUGCGGGGCGUCUGCUGCUGCCAGCGCCACAGCCCACAGGAAAACCCGCAGACACCGGGUUUGUGUGACAACCAGCAGCAAGAGCUCCACUUGCAAACUGCCCCUGUGGCUCUGCCACCGAGACGGGUGGAAGCUGCAGCCGCUGCCUUUUGGAGGCUCCGUGGCGGGGGCAGCGCAGCCCCAGCUCCACAAAGCACGAAGCCACUGGUUUGGCUGCAGGCGACUGGCCAGGAGAUGCACUGAGAGUGCACAGCGGGGAGUCCUGGGGCCGCUCCAGCGCUGCGCACCCGCCAGAGCGAUGCUGCUCAGCUCGGCCGGCGCGACGGGGCUCGUGUCGGACACCUACCUGGAGAAACUGCUGGAGGGGCUCGGCAGCCUCCGCUCGCAGAACGCGCUGUGCGACGUGACACUGGAGGCUGAGGGGGUUUGCUUUCCAGCCCACAAGGUUGUUUUAGCGUCAGCAAGUAAUUACUGCAAGAUCCUAUUUGUUGGAAACUUGACAAGAGCAGGGAGCCCGGAUGGGCACGUCCGGCUGAAAGGCGUCAGUGCUGCUGGGCUGAGGAAUGUUCUCAACUUCAUUUACUCCAACAAACUAGAUCUCUCAUUGCAGAACAUUGAGGAGACUUUCAAAGCCGCAGAAACCCUCCUGGUUCGGGAGGUGAUCAAGCUGUGCUUUCGCUUUCUGGAGGGUUGCUUGAACUGUGAGAACUGCACGGAUGUUCUUAACAUUGCUAAGAAACUCGGCCCAGCGGAGUUGAGACGGAAAGCAAUGUGCUACGUAGGGCAGCAUUACAAACAGAUCCUGGCUGACCCCCAGUGCUUGAAAGACCUGGACCGAGGAACCCUCUGUGAAAUUUUAGACAGGACCGACGUGGCGGGAUGCAGCGAGCUGGAGCUGCUCAGAGCCGCCAUGGGCUGGCUGCAGCACGACUGCGCGCGGCUGCAACACGCGACAGACGUUUUAAGGCGCAUAAGAUUCCCUCUCAUUCCUUUACAGGAUCUGCAGAGCUACGUCCAGGAGGUGCCUCUGAUGAGGCUGGGGUCAGGCUGCCACCAGUACCUGCGGGAGGCUCUGAAUUACCACUCCCAGCUGUUCGCUCAGCCGGUGCUGCAGACCCCGAGCACGAGCCUCCGCGGCGCUUCCACCGUGCUGCUCGUUGCCGGUGGCAGAACCGCUGACAACGGUGUGUGCAGGGAGAUGUGGGCUGCAGACCAGAGCUGCAGCACCUGGCACAAGGUUGGGGAGCUCUGUGUGCCCGUGUACAACCACUGCGUCGCCAUCAUCAACGACUUUCUCUUCAUCAUCGGGGGACAGUGUAAAUUUGAUCCCACUGGAAAGCAGCCGUCAAACGAGGUCUUCCGAUUCGAUCCCCGCAACACGUCCUGGCUGCAGGUCGCCAGCAUGCUGGAGAGGCGGACACGCUUCCACGCGGGUGUCUUGUCCGAUCGCAUCUUCGCUGUGGGCGGCGGGACGCUGCUGGGGACCCUCACGCGCACUGUGGAGUGGUACCAGCCCGCGGACAACAAGUGGCAGUUCGCAACUCCUCUCCCCACGCCUGUUGCUGAUCACGCAGGCACAACCCACAAGGGAAUCCUCUAUAUUUCAGGGGGCUUCUCUGGGGGCAAAACCUUACGAGACACUCACAGCUACCUCCCUCGGCUCCGACGCUGGGUUGGCAGCAGCCCCAUGGCGUUUGCCCGCUGUGACCACGGGAUGGCCGCGGUCAGGGACGGGAUCUUCUGCAUUGGAGGAAGGACACUGAAAGGAGUGGAGGAAUGGAUCCAAGUCAACGAGACCGAGUAUUAUUGCCCUGGAAGCAACCAGUGGACAACGCUCACGCUGUCCCCGUUCAGCUGCUGCCAGUUCAGCGUCGCGGCCUUGGGGCCCGUGCUCUACCUCACGGGGGGCGCGUCGCUGCAGCACAUGCAGAAAGCAGACAGCGUGUUCCUGUACGACACGGAGCGGCGGGUUUGGCAGAAAGCCAGUCCCCUGCCCAAGGCUCUGGUGGAUCACGCCUCUUGCGUGAUUAAACUGUCCCACGGGAAUGUGGCUGCGGAGACGGGCAGAGGCACCAAGUGCUCCCCUGAAGGCAGGACAAAGGAAUCUGCCCUCAGCUUGUUCAGCACAAAGGAACAAGAAUCCCACUCUGCCUCAGAAAAGCAGUAGGAUGUGAAUAUGUCAAGCAGAUCUUACAGCGUUUACCAAGGUAUUAGUAUUUUAACAACUCUCGGAGCUGCCGGCCAAACACCCUUAGCAGUGACUUGAGCUGGAAUGUUGCACUGGGUGCUGUCAUGGUGACAUGUAUAAUUUGCAAAAAAAAAGCAUUAGUUCCCCAUCCUACUAAGCUGCAUUAAACCCUUAAGAAUUCCUUAAAUCAAUUUUUUGUCAUUCAGAACCUGUUUUUCUGAAUAAUGAUCAAUAUAGAACUUACUUUUAAUGAGCGACUUGAGAGAUUUUAUGAGGAAGUCCUCAAAAGAGCUUUGGAUUCUGUCUCUAAUAAUUUCCGUACAAACACUGCUGGCUGGCAAAUUAAGGACUCACAGAAAUAAACAUACACAAUGUAUUUAA